AUGGAUGCUGUUCCAGACCCCAACAUUUCUAUUCACAUCCUGAACUUCCAGCCUGCUGUUGUAGACUCUGUUGGAAGCAAAGAGCCCUGUGCAUGCAGGCAAAAGGAUUCAAAUCUCAACCUGGUCUCCAGCACGAUUAUGGACAGCAGUCUGUCAAGCCCAGGGACUGUUUCCAGAGUCACAUCUUCUCCUAAUGAUAUGGAACAGAAAUAUGGAUGGGAAAUUGAAAAGGAUAGUAAGGUAAUGGGAGCUCUGACAGGUCCUUGCAGGGGGAGCAACGAGAUUAAGAGCCCCGGAGAAGGCCAUUCUAAUGAAGAAAUAUUAACUGGCACUCUGGGAGAGAAUACAAAUAAGCUGGACCUGCUGAUCCCACUGAGGCCAUGCAAGGCUGCACUGCAACCAGACUACAAUGAAGGAAAAGAGGAGCCGUCUAAAGAUGUGCCGAUUAAUUGCAAAACUCCCAACUCCAGUGACACAUCCCUGAGCAUGACAGGGCAUGAGUGGAAGGAUGCUCUAAUGCACAGUUCUGAAGAAAUGUACAGUUCAAAGCAAACAGCCUCAGAGUACCCACUGUCCACCCCAGAUAAAGAGCAGAAUGCAGGAUGUGAGACAAGUAAGGGAAUGGCAAAGCAGGAAGGCUCUGAAGACCCAGCAUACUUCUCAUCCGUAUCAACCCCUAGCCUUCCACAGUCACAGAAAGGUACAGAGAUCUUAUGUACUGAAGCUGGUAGAAUUUCAUCAGCCAACCAUGAGGUGAAAUGUAGUAAAUUAAGGAAAUUACAGGAGGAUGGGAAAAAAGAGAAGACAAAAGGUGAUUCAACAUGUGAACUGCCAACUAAGGUCCAAGAGACCGGGCCCUUGACUUUGGUAGACUUAGUCGCUCUUGAGGACUUCUCACAUCAGCCCUUGUCCACACUGUUCAAUGACCAUGGUCCACCUGGUAAGCAACCCUUAGCCUUUGCAGCAAAAUCUCUAACUACUCAAGCUGCUUCACUGGAACCACAAAGUGACCGACAUGGGCAGCACCAAGAGUGGUAUAAGGAAACUGGUACCAUGACCAUCUCUGAACAAGAUGGUCCCUAUAAAAGGAAAUGCCAGGAUGCUGAGGUUCAGGCCACAGUUGACAUGUCCAGCAGGUCUGCAGCCACUAGCCCAUACCAUUUUCAAGCACCUGCUGCCAACCAUCCCUGCAGGUCAACAAGGGAAGAAUUUGAGAUCCUUGCACUUGUCAGUCAUGUAGACAUUGACUCUCAAGUUGCUGUGCAAGAGGUGAUAGACAGCACCACAUUUCAAGCACAAGAUGAUGCCACCCAUCCGUUGCAAGCAGACAUAUGCAAGAGCCAAAAAGUAGUGGUACAGCAAGAUACGGAAUUGACAGCAGAGCAAAGUGGAUUGUCUUCAUCCACUGUACCAAAAGAGCUUUCACGUUUACAACUAGUGCAUUGUACACAUGCUGCUUUGGGCACUCAGUCAGGCCAAGCAUCUAUAAUGAGCCUCCACAACAAAGGAAUAUCAGCGAUGGACUCACAACAUCAAUCCAAACCUAAUCUUGAUACCGGAAAACUCGCAGUGCCAGUUAGAGAGAGCUGUGGUGAGAAACCUACUACAUCCUGCAGCAAAUGGCAGGUUGUAGACAACACAGAGUCCAUACAGCCAGCCGAGGCAUCUGCCCCACAAGGCGGAUCCAAGAAAACUAAACUGCAGUUUGUCUUGGAAAAUGACACUGUGGGACCACAGAUGUCAAAAACCAGCAAGAUUGCGGAACAUAAGGUGGCUCCCAGAGAGCAACCCUUCUCCACAUCAGAUGAAGGCAGCAAACCAUUGCUCGGGCAGCCUGCAGAAGUAAGCCACCAACUUGCCUACCUGGAGGAGGAAGCAGAGGUAAGGGAGACCAGCAAGUGUGAGGUGGUGCAAGAUGUGGUGUGGGACGAGCAGGGCAUGACAUGGGAGGUGUAUGGAGCCUCCUUGGACCCCGAGUCACUCGGCGUGGCCAUCCAGAGUCAUCUGCAGACAAAGAUUAAGGAACAGGAGAGGAAGGUGACAGCCAUCCGCAAAUCCAUCUCAUCUGAGACACCCCAGGGGAGGAAGGCAAAGAACCAGCAGCGGAAUGUCUUCCGACUCCUACUGCAAAAUAUUCGACGACCCAACUGCUGUGCUCGGCCGCCACCCUCAUCUGUACUGGACUGAUGGCUGCAUUCCCCCUACCUCCAUGUAAAGUAAAAUCCUCUUUUUGAGGACACUAAACAUGGAGGAGAAGCUUUGUCGAUUUGAGAUCUCACCACCUGUACCAUCUACCUGAUCCAGUCAGACACCUUGAACAGGAAGCAAUUUAAAGUUCAGUUCUUAUAUUUAUAAGUGAUGUGUCUUUUUAUGUUAAGUUUAUGAUAUA